AUGGAUUAUUACUCAAAACCAGAUUUUUAUAUUAUCGCCUUCGUCAACAUUCUCUUAUCUCUUUCUUUAAUUAUUUUUUCUUUGUUUCUCUCUCUUUCUUUUUUCUUUCUCUUCUCUCUCUUUUUAUUCACUUCCGUAUCUUUUGGGUCUUUCUGUCUUUCUGUUUCUAUUUCUCUUUUGUCUCUCUCUUUUUCUCUCAUCUCUUUUGUUUACUCUCUUUCUUUCCCUAUCUUUUGUGUCACUCAUUUUUACUUCUUUCUAUCUAACUUGCUUUUCAUUGCUAUUUAUUCCUUCUUUCUCUUCAUCCUUUGUUUCUCGUUCUUUCUCUCUCUCUUUCUCUACUUUGCCUUUAUUUUCUUUCUCUCUGUUUCUUUCUCGCUCUUUCUUUCUCUCAUUUCUCUUUCUUUCACUCUCUCUGUCUUUCUCUUUUGUCUCUCUCUUUUGUCUUUCGUUUCUUUCUGUCUCUUUUCUCUGUGUUUCUUAAUCUUGUCUUCCUUUUCGUCUCUCUCUCUCUCUUUUAUCUCUCUCUCUCUCUCUCUCUUUAUUUCUCUUCCUCUAUCUUUACCUAUCUGUUAUGGGCGUUAUCUGUCAGUCUGUUCAUAUCUAUCUAUCUAUCUAUCUAUCUAUCUAUCUAUCUAUCUAUCUGUGUCUGUGUAUAUCAAUCUAUCUAUGGAUAGCUAA